UGCGAUAAGUGGCUCGAUGGCGUUUCUCUGGACAUCGCACCAUAUAUCAUCGGCCUGGACACCCCCUCUACUAGCGCGCAGAACGAUGGCUGAGGUGUUGCUUGAUUCUGCUUGGUUAAAAGACAUAUGGGGCCCCUUAACAUCGGCGCUUAUCUUCAAUUACUCGAGCUCUAGGAAAGACUUUGCUCUUCACCCAGAGCAUGAUGAUAGCCGGUCAUGGUCGUGGGAGGCUAGUGGUAGUUUCUAGGUCAAGUCCUACGUGGCACACUUUGUCACUUCUUUAUGAUCAGCUUCGAUGAGGCCAUUUGGAAGGCUCCUGAGAAUCUGGAAGGCUCCUGAGAAUCUGGACAACUGAUCAAGGUCUCCCACAUAACGAACUAUGUGCCAUGUGCAGUGUUGUGCCUGAGGACGGCAGUCAUCUCUUUCCCGGCUGUGCCGUUGCCAGACUGCCAGUAUAACUUUGAAACACCAUCCUCCAAUAGGCUAACUUGCCGUCCCAACCAUGGAUCAGGACCUUGUGUUCUGGGGGAUCACUGCUAGGGAAGCUUACCACGGUAAGGACCGGAAGAGGCUUGUUUGUCUCUGUAUCUUGGGGUCUGGACCAUAUGGAGAGAAAGGAAUGCUCUUGUUUUUGACAUCAAGGUUACUCCCAUCGUUCAGGUUGUGAAUAAGCUUACCGCAGAUGUAGAGUUGUGGCUAGGAAAGAUUUAGGUUGUUUUCUUUUCUUUCCCUUCAUCUGGCCUUUGGCUGUUCUAUGUCUUUCUGGUCUGGUCGUUGGCCGUGUUCUUGUUGUUCUGUAUUUGACUUUGAUCGGUUUUCUUCUGCUACAAAGUUCACAUAUAGUUCUCUUGCAUGGUUGAAAAAAAAUUAGGGGCUGUUUGGUUGCCACCCUGAGCUAUGUGCCUGAGAAUAUUCCUUGCCUGAAAGAAACCUGAGGGUGUUUCACAAAUUGCCUAACCAGGCAGACGCAAAAUCUCAGGCGGUGUUUGGUUGGUGUCCUGAAAGUACGCCUGUGUGGGUAGAUGCUCCAGGCAGUGUUUGGCUACAUUUUUGCCUGGGUUACACUCUGCCACUUGUUGGUCUCGUAUUGAAGGGAUAAAUUAAUGAUCAGAUAAAAUCAGGCAUAACCAGAUCAAAUUAUCAUUACACUUAAGGUUUCAGUUUACAUAAUAAUUUUGAGAACACAAAAGUCUACUACCACUCGUCUAGUGCUAACAUGUCCAAAAGUCACGUUCCCUAUCAGAUCAGUAAUUAGAUUGUUUCAACACAAUAGUACCUGAUUUAGCACACGAUCUGGACAAAGGUGCUAGAAAAGCAAGGAAUCGUAGCAGGCAAAAUUGCAGCCAACCACCUUGUCCAGGGCACGACCAAGAGGGCAACGUUAUCAGAUCCAAAACAUCUUGGAGCAGCUCUCCUCCGGAUCUAGACGUUGGAGUAGUUUCCCUCCGGCAGUCCCCACCUUGAUGGAUUGAUUUUUUUCGAUUUCUCUCCUCCGUAGGAACCCUAAGGAAAGGGGAAAAGUGAGAGGGAGAGUGGAGAAGUGAGAGAGAAAGGGUAAUUUUACUCAGGCAUGGUGCGUGGGAUUGCAGCGAUUCUCAGGCCUCCGAUUUUCUAGGCCUGAGUCAGGCACGGUUCGACAGGCAGGUUCGUCAGGUCAAAUAUCUCAGGUAGGCAACCAAACAGACCUCAGGCAGGUUACAGGCUGGUGCUCAGGCCAGGCAACUUGUGUCAGGGUGGCAACCAAACAGCCCCUUAAAGCCUGUGCCAGGCUCGUGUAAUCUUGUUUCCUUGCCUUUUCAUUGCGGGAUAUUUUGUAAUCUAGAGACUACUAUUGCUGCUACUUUAUUGCUAGAUCACUAGUUGAGAUUUAGUAGAGUAACGAAAUUAUUGAUCUACUAGUUUAUGUUUACACUCAUAACAAUGAGUAAUCUGCCAUGGUUGCUUAACUAAUUUCUAGAGGAAGGGAGAGACGGCAGCAGGUGAUUCCUAGUCUGUCAAGACCGAAAAGGGGCAGAGAGUGGCAUUGUUGCAUCAAAUGUUGUAACAAUGAGCAGAUGAAAUUUGGUGAUUGUAGGACUAGGAACUUGCUACUGGUGUUGCUCAGCAGUCUAUGACAACGAGUUUGUUCCAGAUGGCGGUGAGGUGGCCUUUGUUCCUUUUUGAAAGUAAGAGUUUUGUUGUUUUAGUUCUCUUGUAUAUGUGCAUUAAUUGGACCGUAAAUUACUCCAUUGAGAUAAUUACCUUUUAAUGAUACGAAUGAUGUCUUUACAUCGCAGUAGUUACUUAUUGUUUUCUUUUCCAUCUUGACCAUAAUUUUUCAUAAAGUAUAAACAUACAACUGAUUGAUCUAGCCUCAUUAUGGUGUAUCAUGAGGCCAAGAGAGCAUGUAGAGUGACAAAAAGCAUCUAGUCUUUCCUUAUAAAACAAGACGUACCACUAAAACUUAUGAAGUACUCCCUCCGUUCCGAUUUACUCGUCGUGGUUUUAGUUCAAAUUUGAACUAAAACCACGACGAGUAAAUGGGAACGGAGGGAGUACAAUACACUCUUAAUCCCGUCAUUUUAUUUGUGUAUUAAUGAGUGUAUCUUAAUGUACAAAUAAAACGAUAAAAUUAGGGAGUGUAUCUUACUUUAUAGGUUUCAGUCAUAGUUCUCUUUUUAUAAUGAAAGCAUGAGCGCUUUCUUUGCUCAAUCUCCAUGCUCUCCGGCCUCAUCAUCUGCCAUAAUGAGGUUAGAUCAAAGUUGUACACUUGUACUUACAAAAGUUAUGAAUUUAGGAUCAGAUGAAAAAAAGGAACUAUUGUGACGAUGUAAAGACAUUUUUUUCAUGAAAAGUUAUGCUUGUAGUUGUGCCAAAUUUUGCUCCAAUUAAUGUGUACACAAGAGAACCAAAAAAAACAAACACACUUACCCAAUGGCGGAGCCAGGAAUAUAGUAUGAGGAGGGCCAAGUGUAGUAAAUCCUUGCUAGGGAGGGCCAGCUCAUAAGAAUACACCAGGUAAAUCAUCCACUUAUUGAUCUUGCCUUGUUGUGGCGGAUCAUGAGGCCAGAGAGCGUAUAGUGUCCAAAAAGGCAUCUAGUCUUUCAUUAUAAAACUAGAACUAUCACUGAAACUUAUAUGAAGUAAAAUACACUACUUAACACUACUAACACCAAAAAGUAUUUCCAUACAGCUAUUUUCUAGAUAAAAUAGCUACCGCGAAGAUAGAUUGGUUUUGCUUCUGAAUCAAUGUGUUGUGUAAUUAUGAAUGCCUCUUUUAUUUGCCAGGUUCCUGAGAUCCUGUAUAGGUCUCUUGAUGUGAACCUUGUGAUUGGAAUGUCUUUCAAGGUCUGACCUUAUAUAGACUUUUGUUUAAACUGAUCGAUUUUUUGGAUGAACAUUACGAUUUCGCAACCAUUUGCCCAUUUUUAUCUAUGACUUGCUAGUUUUUUUUAAGGUGCUAGAUUUGAUAGUCACUCUUUGUGGAGAUGAAUCAUAUGAGCAGCUAGAUGUUGUCAUGUAAUGUUCCAUAUGGUGAAGAGGAGACUGGUAAAGUACGUGCUAGGAGGUACUGUAUGUACAUAGUGAGUCAGUUGAAAAGCAGUGGCGGAUCUAUGAUCUCAAAACACUCUGGGGGUGCUGCGGUUAAUUUUUUUAAUGUAAUUUGGUCUAAAUGUAUCAUAGCUCCAAGUUAGCAUUAAGAUGUUAGAUAAGUAUUGUUAGGUAAGGUUUCUUUGCGCAACCCUUACAUUUCCAUGUCAUGUUUGUGUUGUUUCCUUCAAUUUCCCUUUUAUAUAGUUAUAUCUGAUGGAUAAGUCGGUGUACUAGGGUCCUUGUGGGGCUGCAGCACAUGGUCCUUGUGGCAGUUAGGAGGAUAAAGUCCUGGACCAUCAAGUACUGGCUGUUAGAAUAGAGUUCUGUUCUUGACCAUCAAGGACUGUCCGUUAGCAUCUUAGACUGGCAUCUUGGCAGCAUCUUAGCAUAUGCCUUGGCUGGCUAGCAGCCUAUAAAUAUGUAUCCCCAACCCCUCGGGUUGGUAUGGCAUUGUGUGAGAAAUAAACCAACGAAAAUUGUCCCAACUCUCCUAGUGUCAUCCACAACUAUCAAUGCUCAGGCUGAAAGGUCUAACAAGUGGUAUCAGAGCCACGUUAACCUGUACCCUGAGCAUUUCCUGUGAGCAGCCCAAGUCGAUAGUAGCAGCUGCUCUGUCUGCCUCUGGUUACCUUCCUCCCUCCGGACUGUCGAGCAGCAGCUCGUCUUCAUCAGCCUCCUCUUCACGCAACAGCCCCCCUGCAGCGAGCCAUGUCUGCAGGUCGCUCUCAGCACACGGCUACCUCGAGCAUGCGGCGCCGGCAGGAGGCCGAGCGCGCCGUGGCAGAGGAGCGUGAGCGAGCGGCUGUAGCAGCAGCUGCUGCAGUGGCAAGAGUGUCGAGGCUGGCUGCAGCGGAGCUGGCAGCAGCCAGAGCGGAGGUAGAAGCAGCCAGGGCGGAGGUAGAAGCAGCAGCAGCAGCAGAAGCAGCCCGUGAGGCUACGGCGGAUGCCAAGGCACUCCGCGGCAGCCCUGAUAGCUCCAGCAGCUCCGCGCCUGCGGACGACGGCGCCGACGCAGAUCGCGCCAAAGUGGCGCAGGAGCAAACGGCGCAGUGGGCAGCCGAGCACGCCCGCGCUCCAGGUGGAGGCGCGCACCACGACGGCGGCUGCAACGACCAGGAUCGCGGCCUCUACGAGGUACGGACUGUGGUUAGGGAUGUUGGUUCCAGUGUUGGGUGGCCUACCCUCACUAAAACCAACUACGUCGAGUGGGCCGGGAUCAUGAAGGUCAGGCUCCAGGUGCGGCGCAUGUGGGAGGCAGUCCAGGACAGCAACGUCGACCACCUAGAGGAUCGACGGGCACUGGACGCCCUCAUCGCCGCAGUCCCGCCCGAGAUGCAGUUCUCGCUUUCCAACAAGCGGACUGCCAAGGAGGCUUGGGACGCCAUCGCCGCAGCACGCAUCGGCAGCGAUCGUGCUCGCAAGUCCAUCCUGCAGGCACUUCGUAAGGAGUGGGAGAACCUGGGCUUCAAGCCAGGUGAGGACGUUGAUGACUUUGUUCUCCAUCUCAACACUCUGCUGCAGAAGAUGGUGAAGUUUGGCGAUGCCACCUACACCGAGGAGAGAGCUGUCGAGAAGCUUUUUCGGUGCAUUCCCGAGAAGUACAAGCAGAUGGCUCGCUCGAUCGAGUCGUUGCUGGACCUCUCCACGAUGACGAUCGAGAAGGCGAUAGGCCGUCUCAAGGUCGUCGACACCGACGAGCCACAGCCCCCCUCGGGGCCCGUCACCACCGGCGGGAAGCUGCUCCUAACUCGGGAGCAGUGGGAUCCCAGCCUUGGUGAUAGGAAGAAGGGGGAGCCUUCCUCCUCGACGGGCGGCCGCAAGCGUGGCAAGCAGCGUAAGGCGCGAAGAGGCCCCCGGGCAGGGCACAAGGACGUGCCGAAGGUGACGCCCGCGGAGGCACCAAGGACGGCGCCGCUGGCAAGCCCAAGCCGGCACAAGACAACAGUUGCCACAACUGUGGCCGGUUUGGCCAUUGGGCCAAUGAGUGUCGGCAACCACGACAAGGCCAGGCUCACGUCGCACAGGCGAAGGAGGAGAUGGCUCUGUUCAUGGCACAUGCAAGCAUUGAGCUACCCUUGGCGACUCCAGUCACAAAGGCUUUCAUCCACCUCGAUGAGCCAAAAGCACACGCUCUUCUCGGCGAUGGCUCCGGGAAGGACAAGGCUACGGGGUGGUGCCUCGACACCGGUGCCACCCACCACAUGACCGGUCGAAGGGAAUUCUUCGCCGAGCUCGACUCCGAUGCGCGAGGCUCCGUCAAGUUCGGGGAUGCCUCCGCUGUGGAGAUAAAGGGCGUCGGCUCCGUCAUCUUCACCACCAAGAUGGGAGAGCACCGGCUGCUCACCGGUGUCUACUACAUCCCCGCGCUAAGGAAUUCCAUCAUCAGCUUGGGACAGCUGGAUGAGAACGGCUCACGCGUGCUGAUUGAGCAUGGGGUCCUACGCAUCUGGG